AGAAAGGGGAGAAAAAAAGCAUUCAAUACCCAUGAUGCCACGCGGUUCAUUUUGUAACCUGUUUAUAUCACCGGUAGGCAUCCAUUUCUCCGACUGGAUCCUUAAACACAGUCUAGGGUGUAAAUUUGGUGCCGAGUGAAGCAGCGGCGCACAGAGCUGCCCGGAAUAAACCAUUUCAGCGCGCGGGGGGGUGGCCGAGGUGUGGAGACCCACGGGAAACGCAGAGGGGUGUGUGUGUGUCCCUGCCAGAGCCGGUGAUGGCCGACCAGCCGCUUUCACAACAGGCCAACCAGGCGCUGAAAAAGUCCCACAAAGGAGGCCUCCCCAACGGGAAAGAAGCCCUGCAGGCCCGAGGCCAGUGGGCCAGCAAGGCCGAGUUCCUCCUGGCUGUGGCUGGACAGAUCAUUGGGCUCGGCAACGUCUGGAGGUUUCCCUACCUCUGCUACAAAAACGGAGGAGGCGUGUUCUUUGUUCCCUACCUGCUGUUCUUGGUGCUGUGUGGCAUCCCCCUGUUCCUCCUGGAGACCUCUCUGGGGCAGUACACCAGCCUGGGAGGCGUCAGCGCCUGGAGGACUAUUUGCCCAUUAUUCGGAGGUCUCGGGUAUGCUAGCCAGGUGAUGAUCCUGCAUGGCUGUGUUUACUACAUAGUCAUCCUGGCCUGGGCUCUCUAUUAUCUGUUCCACAGCUUCCAGGCGGAGCUGCCCUGGUCGCACUGCAACAACACCUGGAACACGGAUGCGUGCUUCUUGUUUGAUAAAUACAACCUGUCGGCAAACAUGAGCAGUUUGCCUGAGAACGCCACCUCCCCGGUUAUGGAGUUCUGGGAGCGGGAGGUGCUCCGCCUGUCCAGCACUUUAGAUGAGCUGGGUCCAAUCAGCUGGAAGCUGGCUCUGUGUCUGGCUGUCGUCUGGCUCGUCUGCUACUUCUGUGUUUGGAAGGGGGUGAAGUCUACUGGAAAGGUUGUGUACCUGACGGCCACCUUCCCAUACGUCAUGCUGUUUGUGCUGCUGGUGCGCGGCGCCACCCUGCCGGGAGCAACUCAGGGCAUCGUUUACUACCUCAAACCCAACAUCACCCGCCUGGCUGACCCUCAGGUAUGGAUGGAUGCAGGUACUCAAAUAUUUUUCUCUUAUGGGAUCUGCUUGGGAAGUCUCACAGCCCUGGGCAGUUACAACAAAUACAACAAUGACUGCUAUAAGGACUCCUUCAUGCUCUGCCUCCUGAACAGCGCCACCAGUUUCUUGGCAGGUUUCGCCAUCUUCUCAGUUCUUGGCUUCAUGGCUGAGGAGCAGGGUGUAGACAUAGGCACUGUGGCUCAAUCAGGGCCUGGUCUUGCCUUCAUCGCCUACCCCAGAGCAGUCGCCAUGAUGCCUGUUCCUCAGCUCUGGGCUGUCUGCUUCUUCCUCAUGAUCAUCAUGCUGGGACUCGACACGCAGUUUGUGAGUCUAGAGGCUCUCAUGACCUCGGUGACUGACCUGUAUCCUCACGUGAUCCGGCGAGGAUACCGCAGAGAGUUGCUGCUGCUGUUUGUGUGUGUGGUUUGCUUCCUGGUCGGGCUGGUCAUGGUCACACCAGGUGGCCUCUACGUGUUCCAGAUCUAUGAUCACUUCUCAUGCAGUGGAGCCAGCCUGCUGCUUCUCUCCAUCUUCCAGUCUCUGGCCAUCGGCUGGGUCUACGGAGCCGAUCGAUUCAGUGCCAACAUCAAAGAUAUGACGGGCUACACCCCCAUUUCUGCCUUCAAGCUGUGCUGGAAGUAUCUGACUCCUGCUGUGUGCACUGCAACCUUUAUUUUCUCCUUGGUGUGUUGGUCUCCGCUCAGCCUGGGGAAAGGCCUCGUCGCCCCAGUCUGGGCCACCACCCUGGGCUGGAUUCUGACCCUUUCGUCCGUUUCCCUGCUCCCCAUCUGGGCUGUCUAUGCUCUCCUCACCACUCCUGGAACCCUUCCCCAGCGCUUCCAUCGCCUUUGCAGCCCUGCUGAAAAGUCCUCUACGGGCUUCCAGCACCUCUCCACCAACGGCUCAGCAUUAACCUACAGUCCUGUGCUGCCUCUCAACGGGAAGCCAAAAGAACAAAUCCUAGAACUCCUCCAGGAAAAGAAGACAUGACAAUAAUGAACAUAAUGUAUGCUGCUCAGCCCAUCAGGUUUGCUGAACAGAACAGUAGAGUUUAAGGCUGAUCCCAACAGAAGAGACUGGAUAUCCAUUAGGGAAAUGUUAUUAUUCACCAAAAAAAAAAGACUUCAAACAUAUGCCUUCAAUGUUUAUACAUAAGGAGAAAACAUCGCUACAAAAUAAUGCACUGAGAACAGUUUUACUCUGCAUCACUUCGUUAGAGAGGAGUCGAGUUUGGUUAGCUCCUGUUCUUGUUCCUGGGCAGCGUAUUUGGUUUUUACCAUAGGAAAACAAAAAAACAGCACAAACUCCUGGAUCUUACCCAUUUUUAUAUCUCUUUCUCUCUGUCAUAGCUUUUUUUUUAUGUUACAGUUUAGUCACUGUACUUGAGGACCAUGUAUAACCGCAACCCCUCUACUGACGUUCCUUUUGUUUGGCACCAGCACACAGUCCUCAGCUACAGCUAUACUCUCUAUGAGAGACUCAGUGUGUUAGCAUGUCUGCUGAAAUGACUCCAUGAGUCAGACAUGUGAGGUCGAAUGAUUAAUGUGGAGUAUCACUUAGGGCCCUGUCUCACCUUGGCGAUUGAGACAGCGUAUGCCUGACGUCCCAGAAUCUUCUAAAACACUGCCAUACGCUGAACUUUCUAUGUAUGUCUUCAAUUUUGGGCGUUUACUAUUCAUAACAAGUCCAGAACUUGUCCUAUGACAUGGCCUAACUUAUGCAUGAUGCACUGCAGCGUAAUGCCCAUAAAAUGUCACAAGCCCAUGUCCUGAGGGGGCAGCGAUGCACCCGGAGGCACCCAACCUGCAUAAAAAUAGUUCUUUGAUCGCAAUAUUAACGUAGCUCCUGUUUACCAAAAAUAAAAAAGAAUGAAUAGAAAGAAAAAUAAAGAAAAGUUUGCAGUCGUAACAGAUUAAGCGCCAUGUCUGCUACACAUCAAAUAAGUGGAACACUUCAAAUACGUUUUAGAUUAGUUCUUGAUAAGUUACGCAUAAGUUUUGCAGAAGGGUAACGACGACUUAUGAGUAACUUACACUUAUCGUAUGUCAACGAUCAAACAACUUACCUGUAACUUAUGGCCCAUGCAUGACGUACUUGCCUUAUGUUGACUUGUGCCAGCGUGUUUCAGUGUGCUCAUAACUCAUGCAAAACUUACCCGUAACUUAUCCAAGGUAUGCCAGCGUUUUUGCCAGAUUUUCCAUACGUCAGGCAUAAGCUGUCUAAAUCAUCAAGGCGUGACACUGGUAUUACGUUUAGCAUCCAGACCAUGUUGAUGCUCCAGUUGAAUAGCACUGUUGCUCCAAAGCACUUAAAAUAAGCUGUUGUGAACUCAUUCAUAGGCUACGUUCACUCUGCAGCCUGAAGUGACCCAAAUUCGAGUUUUUUUGCCCACAUGCGAACUGGAUCUGAUCUUUUUAUGACAGUCUGAACA